AUGAUACAACCUACUCCAGACAGGGUUGUUCUUUACAGAUCAAUCCAUCCACAGCUAGUGCCGGUAGCCAUGGUUAGCAGCAGAUUGCUACUGGUGGUCGUCGCUCUCCUAGCUCUCGCCGCCGGCCAUGGCGUCGUCGUCGUCGUUGCCUUCGACCCCAACCCUCUCCAGGACUUCUGCGUCGCCGACACGACAUCCAAAGUGAGAGUGAACGGGCUGCCGUGCAAGGACCCGGCGGCGGUGGUGGCGGACGACUUCUUCUUCUCCGGCGUCGGCGCCCCGGGGCGCGGCACGGCGAGCCGGCGGUACGGGUUCACGGCGCUGUCCGUGCAGAUCCCGGGGCUGAACACGCUGGGCGCGUCACACGCCCGCGUCGACGUGGCCCCCGGCGGCGUGUUCCCGCCGCACUACCACCCGAGGGCGUCGGAGACGGCGGUGGUGCUGGAGGGCGCCGUCUACUUCGGCUUCGUCUCCUCGUACCCGGACAACAAGGUCUUCGCCAAGGUGCUCCGGCGAGGCGACGUCUUCGCCGUGCCGCAGGGGCUCGUCCACUUCCUCUACAACAACGGCAGCGAGCCGGCUGCGCUGUACGCGUCGCUGAGCAGCCAGAACCCCGGGCUCGUGCUCGUCGGCGACGCGCUCUUCGCCUCGCCGCUCCCCGGCGACCUCCUCGCCAAGACGCUCCUCACCGACGAGGGCACCGUCGACAAGAUCAGAGCCAACUUCCACCGGACUUGAUGAACACAACUUAUAUUAAAUUCGGUUUAAUAUUAUUUUUUUAAAAAAGUUAUUGUGGAGAAUUAACGUAAUUAUGAUUUGCUGGAUAAUUAAUUCGCCAUGGAAUAAUCGUUUGCAUGGAUGAAACCGAGAAAUAUGGUCAUGUAAUACUAUAUAUAUCCAAGUCAAAAUUAUGUGCUUUGACAUAAUAUUAUCCAAGAAUAACACUC